AGUUCAGAUCCGGCACAGAUGCGGAGCAGUAGCGGGCGCCGCGAGGCGCUCACCGCUCGCGAGACAUUUAAUAAUCGGCCGAUACGCCAGCAAAAAGAUAACCUUUUUCAUCUAUACAAAGUUGCUCUCAUGGCGGCGUCGGCUCGUGGUCAUUCGCGCGCGAGUCUCGCGGAGGUGAGGAGGCAUCCGAGUGUUAGUGAAGGUGUGUACAGUAAAGUGUUGGGCUUGAGGAUCAAGAUUUCCUGGAGGACGAAGUUGGAGAUUAGCCGAAUUCACGAAAAAUGAUGCAGGCCGCGAGAAGGGCGGCGCAGACCGUCGGCAGCAGAACCAAGUGGCUGUCUCUAAGCGGCAGCAGGCUGGCGUCCCAGAAAACACAGCCGGAGCUGACUGCCGUAAGGUACAAAGUCGAGCGCGGGCCCUAUGCCGUCAUCGGCGACGCCCACGCGUCCUUCUUCAAUGGGCUCCUCGGGCCCGAGCGGGUCAUCACCGAGCCCGACGAGUGCGACAGCUACAACAUCGAUUGGCUCAGAAUCGUCAAAGGUUCGAGCCGCGUGGUACUGAAGCCCAAGAGCACCGAGGAGGUCUCGGCGAUCCUGAGGUACUGCAACGAGCAGCGGCUCGCCGUCUGUCCCCAGAGCGGCAACACCGGCCUCGUGGGCGGCAGCGUGCCCGUCUUCGACGAGGUCGUGAUCUCGAUGAGGCUCAUGAACCAGAUCAUCAGCACCGAUGAAUUGGCCGGUGUGUUGGUUUGCGAGGCGGGCUGCGUGCUCCAGAGUCUGGAGGAGCAUCUGACCCGCGUGGGCAUGAUGAUGCCGAUCGACCUCGGCGCGAAGGGCAGCUGUCUCAUCGGCGGCAACGUCUCCACCAACGCCGGGGGACUGCGGCUUCUGCGCUACGGCAAUCUCCACGGCAACGUCCUGGGACUCGAGGCUGUCACGGCUAACGGUAACGUGAUCGACUGCAUGAACACCCUGAAGAAAGACAACACGGGCUACCACCUGAAACACUUGUUCAUCGGCUCGGAGGGAACGCUAGGCGUCGUGACGAAGGUGGCCCUGCAGUGUCCGACCUUACCCAAGGCCAUAAACGUCGCUUUUUUGGGAAUGAAGAACUUUGAAAGCGUGCUGGAGAUAUACCGACUGGCGAAGAGCGAGUUGGGCGAGAUCCUCUCGUCCUGCGAGCUGAUCGAUCGGAUUUCGGUGGAGAACUCGAAAUCGGCUCUGGGGUUGCGUAGCCCAUUGUCGGACGAACACGAUUUCUACGUCCUGAUCGAGACGGCAGGCAGUCACUUGGCCCACGAUGAGGAGAAGCUCGAGACUUUUCUCACCAAACUCAUGGACGGGGGAAUCGUCGACGACGGCACCGUCACUUCCGAGCCCAGCAAGAUUAAGAGCAUCUGGGAGCUGCGCGAGCGCCUAGCCGAGUCGCAGACGAAGGAAGGCUACCUCUUCAAGUACGACAUCUCGGUGCCGCUGCCGCACUUCUACUCGCUGGUCCCGGUGCUCCGGGAACGGCUGCGCGACUACAACGUGCGCUUCGUCACAGGCUUCGGACACUUGGGUGACGGCAACGUGCACGUGCAAGUCUCCACCCCCGACUUCGACGAGGAGGUGAACGCGAAGCUCGAGCCGUUUAUCUUCGAGUACACGGCGAAGCUGCACGGCAGUAUCAGCGCCGAGCACGGCAUCGGCUUCAAGAAGGCCAAGUACCUGCACUACAGCAAGGACCAGUCGGCGAUCGACCUGAUGAAACUCAUGAAGAGAACGAUGGAUCCCAACGGCAUUCUAAAUCCCUACAAAGUCAUCUGCUGAGAGGUUUGACGCGAGGAUUUUGCUUUUUGGAAGGGGGUUGUCGCGACGCGACGUGAGAGAACGUUCGAAGAUUUUAUUUUUGAUGUGUUCUUGUUUUUAGCCCGGUGCAUUUUUUUUUUUUUUUGACAUAGUGUCUUCCAUUGAAAAUUCUCUCUGAGGAAGUGAUACAUUGUCGGUUACUUUUAUUUCCGACGGCCUUGAUGAAAAAUUGGCUAGUUUUUGGUUUGUCGGAGUUCUUGUGAUUCUUUAUUGAUGACCUCGUAAGAGAGGUGCCAUUUAGUGCCGUACUUACUAAAGUAUUAGUUGUUAAGAGUUGACAAUUUUAUUUUUGUUAUGACUGUUUUCUGUACAAAGAUGUAGAUAGUCUUAUAGAGUAUUAUAUCUAAGUCAUUCCAUUGCUAAACUGUGCCUUAUGAUGUACCGUACAUGAUUCAUAUAAAUAUAUAAAACAAUUUUACUGUAUAAA